AUGCGGAUCCAACAACCGGAACACACACUCUGGCACUCGAGCGAUGAUGUGUUCAAAAGCAAAUCUGAGUCCUUGUGGGUGACUAUUCCCCCCUCUCUCCCUCUCUCUCUCUCUCUCUUUCUCUCUCUCUCUCUUUCUCUCUUUCCCUUUCUUUCUCUCUUUCCCUUUCUUUCUCUCUUUCCCUUUCUUUCUCUCUUUCCCUUUCUUUUUUUCUUUUUCUUUUUUUCUUUUUCUUUUUUUCUUUUUCGUUUUCUCUUUUUUUCUCUUUCUCUCUCUUUCUCUUUUUUUCUCUUUCUCUUUUUUUUCUCUUUCUCUUUUUUUCUCUUUCUCUUUUUUUCUCUUUCUCUUUUUUUCUCGCUCUCUUUUUUUCUCGCUCUCUCUUUUUCUCGCUCUCUCUUUUUCUCCUCUUUUUCGCUUUCUCGUUCUCUCUCUUUCUCUCUUUUUCUCUUUCUCUUUCUCUCAUAUGGGCGAGAUAUUUCAAUUGUUUCUUUUUUUCAUUUUACUCUUUCAAUUGUUUCUUUCUGCCCUGUACUCUUUCAUCUGUUUACUUUCUGCCCUGUACUCUUUCAUCUGUUUACUUUCUGCCCUGUACUCUUUCAUCUGUUUACUUCUGCCCUAUACUCUUUCAUCUGUUUGUUUUUAUCCUGUACUCUUUCAGCUGUCUCCUUUGAUCUUGUACUCUUUCAACUGUCUCCUUCUGUCCUUCACUCACUCAAUUGA